UGCUUGUUUAUACAAACUUGUCGAACAGGAUAGUAUUAUUUCCGACUUUUUUUCCAUAACUCUCGUUCUAUUACUUGAAAUAGCAAAAACAUUAUUUACCUGAUUGAUUGUUUUUUGCCGGUUAGGCCAUAGUUAAUCGAGGGGAAUGAUUAUGAGGGCCGACGAACAGGGCUGUCACGUGACAGCGACCCUGCACACACUUCCAAACAAACAUGGCGAACGACAGCGAGUUUUAGCAGGUGAAGAUUUAGAGGCGAUUUUAGAGAUGUUAGAAGCAAAUGAAGGAGUUGAAGAGCAGUUUAUCAAUGAAGUUGAGAAUGUCCAAAGUCAAGAGAUUAUCUACAAGAAAUGCGGAAAGAAAUACAAAACCAAAGGCGGCUACGAGAGACACCAAGCCACAAAGCACAGAGAUACAGAACACCAAGUUCCUUUCAGUGGAGCCAUCCUAAACGAUAUUUUAAAGGAUUUUAUCUUAAAUCUUAAAGAUAAUAAGGCUCAUUCCGAGGUUUUACGAAGUGAACUAUAA